UUAAAUAGGACAGAACUCCAGAUUAAAACAGGGAAAGGCGAGAGACACAGUGAGAUUAUUAAUGGUUUUAAAGCUUUCUUGUUGUGAGAGGAACAAAUUGUUCCGUUUCUGUCCUGAGAGUGGAGAACUUACAUUUAUGGAUGUGGAGUUUGAUUAAUGAGAGUCUCUCUCACUAAAGUCAGUAAAACCAAAAUAAUACGUUUUGGUAGAAAAGUUUUUGAUAAGAUGCUGUUAGAGAUGAACGUAGCGAUAUGAUUCCAUAACAACUGAGUAAAGGUGAAUGUUUCCAAAUGAAAUCUCUUCACUUUGUUACUAACCUUCAUCCAGUCAGCGUCCAGAAAGAAACAGACGGAGGAACAGAGGUCAGUGACUCUAAGACACGUAGAGCGUUCAUUGGGAUUUUCUGAAUAUUGUAGUAGCAGAGAAGAAUAGAGUCCAAGCGAUUAAAGAAACUCGUGAAGCAUGUUUAACCCUGGGAUGACGUCACCGACCUCGAGCAGCUCAGCAGGCACAUCUGGACGCUGAUGGAGGCUUCGCUGAGCUGAUCGGAGGUCAGGUGCAGUUUGUGUCUGUGACGCCGCCCACUGUUUCGUCAGCACGAAGCUUCAGAGUCAGCUGACUCCCAGGUGUUCUUCUGUGUUCACCGUUCACCAUCUGCGAUCUGCUGUUACCAUAGCAACGGUCUAUUAGCUUUGAGGCCUAAGUAUUUCCCGCUGCAGUACUCCACAGUAUAAAUACUGUAACGUAACAUGUAUCCGUCCGUUUGUCAGUUUUUACUUUAAGCUCUUUUUUUUUUCCCUUUGGGCGUCAGCUGACCCGUUGAAGUGGGCGUGGUUCUAACCGGAAGUUGACCUUUUUAAACCGGAAGCUGAGCUGUCGGUUGUGUUUUGGAAGUUGGUGGUCACGUGAGCUGCCGUCGUCAUUGGGAGAGCGAGUCCAGACAUGGCGGCGGAGCCUGCGUUCAAGGUGAUAUUUGAACACGAGGGAGUCUUCCUCCAUCCCAGCAGCGAUGAGGAGAUCGAGCCAGACUUCCUGGUUUCAGGAACCCUCCGGAUCCUCGACAAGGACGCUGAGAUCGUGGUAGAGUACAGACCUCUGGAGGACGCCGUCGACCCCUCAAACAUGCUCUGUGCUGGGAAGGACUCGAGCUCGGUGGUGGAGUGGGCUCAGUGUCCGGGGGACCGUCCACAGUCUCAGCAGCUGUUGGAGGCUCAGCUGAGCUACGAGACAGAGUGGGACAUGGUGAACGCCGUGUCGUUCAGGAAGAGGCGGAGCUCCAACAUGGAGGGUUCUCUCAACAGCAGCCACGAGAGGAGCCGCUGGGCCUUCGCCUUCAGUGUCAGUGACCUCCGCUCCGUCACGGUGAGGGAGGAGGGCUGGACCUUCAUCAUCCUGCAGCUGAAGGACUCCUCCACCCCGCUGCCACAUCUGCACUUCCACCAGGGUGGCAGCAGAGCGUUCCUGGACAGCCUGAGGAGGUUCGCUCUGCUCACAGAGUCUCCCAGCGACCACACGUGCCUGCUGGUCAGCACGCCAAACAAAGCUCUGUCGCAGUCUUUCGAGAACCUUCUGGACGACAACAACUUCGGCCUGGUUCACAAGUUGAAGCGGGACCCGUACGUCACCACGCUCGGCGGCUUCUCCAAAGUCACAAACUACUUAUUCGAUGCGCUGCGGGGGACGGAGGAGCAGCAACAGCGCCCCCCAGAGGAGGUGGCCGACCUGCUGGGCGAGGUCAUCCCGGGGCUGGAGAUCAACCAGCAGGAGGAGCCGGGCUUCGAGGUCAUCACCAGGAUCGACCUGGGCACGAGGCCCGAGGUGAGCAGGAAGUCGCCGCUGACUGCGGACGACUGGGCGCGACACCAGGACGCAGACGGGAGGAUGAAGAACGUCCCAGACCUGAAACACGCCGUCUUCAAGGGGGGUCUGUGCCACGCCCUCAGGAAGGAGGCCUGGAAGUUCCUGCUGGGGUAUUAUCCCUGGGAGAGCACGCACGAGGAGAGGAAGACCCUGCAGAGAGAGAAAACUGAUGAAUACUUCAGGAUGAAGCUGCAGUGGAAAUCUGUGAGUGAGGAGCAGGAGAGGAGGAACUCCAGACUGAGGGACUACCGGAGUCUGAUCGAGAAGGACGUGAACCGAACAGACCGAACGAACCGCUUCUACGAGGGCAUCGACAACCCGGGCCUGGUCCUGCUGCACGACAUCCUCAUGACCUACUGCAUGUACGACUUCGACCUGGGUUACGUUCAGGGCAUGAGCGACCUGCUGUCGCCCAUCCUCUACGUCAUGGAAAACGAGGUCGAGGCUUUCUGGUGCUUCGUGGCCUUCAUGGACCAGAUGCACGAGAACUUUGAGGAGCAGAUGCAGGGCAUGAAGACUCAGCUGAUCCAGCUCAGCUCGCUGCUCAGGCUGCUCGACCUCGCCUUCUGGAACUACCUCGAGUCUCAGGAUUCAGGAUACCUGUACUUCUGCUUCCGCUGGCUGCUCAUCAGGUUCAAGAGGGAGCUGAGCUUCGUGGACGUGCUGCGGCUCUGGGAGGUGAUGUGGACCGGGCUGCCCUGCGAGAACUUUCACCUGCUGGUGUGCUGCGCCAUCCUGGACUCAGAGAAGCAGAAGAUCAUGGAGGAGAACUACGGCUUCAACGAGAUCCUGAAGCACAUCAACGAGCUCUCCAUGAAGCUGGACAUCGAGGAGAUCCUGCAGAAAGCUGAGGGCAUCUGUCUGCAGAUCAGGAGCUGCAAGGACCUCCCUCGCCCCGUCGCCACCAUCUUGGGCUUUGAUGUCGAGUCUCGCCGUGCAGGCUCGACCGAUUGCGGCUCGGCGGCGACUUCCGGAGCGGCUCGGCGGGAGGUUGGCGUCUCCAACGGACACUCGAGAGAAAGCAGCUGCGAGCAGAGUGGCAGAGGGGCCUUCGUAUCGUAGUGAAGAGUGGAGAUGGACUGUGUGUGGGCGGGGUGAAUCUGUGGCCCCGCCUCACUGGAGGAGGGGGCGUGUGUAAAGAGAUUAUUGAGAAUCUUAUUUUUGUAAUUUCUUGUAUCGUGCGGCUCUAAUCAGGCUCCGCUCUGAUCUGAAACCUCAUUCAUCCUGAUGAACAGGAGGCGGAGCCAACCAGUGACUGAGCAAUCAUUCACCUGUUGGCUCCGCCUCCUGAGUGUUACGGAUAUGUUAAAGAUAGGGGUUAGGGUGGAGCAGCUGUCUGGCUGUAGUUUGAAUGAAUGAGGCUUCAGAUCCAGGAAGUUCCGCCCACAAGAGCCCUGAUUGGCCAUGCAGUGACAGAGGGAGGAGCUCUUUCUGUUGGAUGAUGGCGCUCGCAUUAUUCGCCGACAGGAGGUGCCUGUGUUCCUUUUCCUGUUGGCACUCUGACGUUUUUCUCUGUACUGAGAUCAGAUUAAAGACUCCACGUCAUCAGCUUCUGUCACCAUGACGACAGCGAACAAACCAAAGAAAUAAAGUUUGUUUCCUGCAGCGUGAACCCGUCUCAGCU